GACGGUGGAGAGAAUUGUUCUUCUACAGAACAGAGAAAAAUCGCUGAAGCAAAUUGAGAUUUUCUGUUUCACACAGCCUCUUAGGUCAGUUGGUUUCAAGCAGAUAGAGAACCGAAAUGUCAGGAAGCUGCCAUUAGAUGUCAUAGUCAGUCAUAAUAUAUGAAAGCCCUAAGAAUGAAAUUGUUUCUCAGGAAUUGUGGUAAGCGGCAGGCAUGCUUAUUGUCCAGAUAACAUUUGACCAGUUCAAAAGGUGUUCAGAUCAGAAAUCCUCUAUUAGUCCCACAGCGGGGACAUUUACAUCCUUACAGCAAGAGGGGCAUAGCAGGUACAAAUUGUUUUUGGUAUCACCCUGAGUUUGCAAUGCAUAACAGCAUAUCAAAUCAAAGGUUAAAUUAGUUGUAAUGUUGACGAACAAUCUCUAUGCUAUAAGGCAGACACGUUUGAUUUAAAUACAUUUUCCAUUGCGUUAUCUUUUCCACAACAGCAAUCUAAAUGACUCAAAUUUGUUUUACAGGCUGCACAUCACUGGAUAAUUAUGUGUAUACUGUGCACAGGAUAUUGAAACAUACAUAAUAAUAAAAUACAUAUAUAUAUUAGUCCAACAAUAACUGCAGGGUACAGUUAUGUUCUUAUUACAGUUGGGGAAACAGAAUAACAAUGGGCUAACAGUGUUGUUAUGGAAAUGAAAUGUUGUUGUUGUAAUUCUUAAUUUACAAAUGAAUGGCUAUAACUACUUAUAACUUCUGAUUUAAUACUCGGCUUUAGGAAAGCACAGUAAGCUAAAUUAAGUACCCAUAGUUUCAACUCUACUUUUUAGGUUGUAAUCUAAAACAUUAUGCAUUUUAUUAAAAACCACUACAGACUUGUUAUUCUUUUGUAUCACAUGUUGUGGCCUAUACCCAGCUCUAAGGGGUGUGUGGUGUGACGUAAGACGCCAAUAACAUCAAACUGAGGCCCUUGAACUGUCAGCCCUCCCUAAUGUUAGCCCUGUGCUUCCAUGCUUUCAGUCAACAGUGACAGCACGUGACAUAAAGCCUGUGCGGACUAACAGCUCAUUGGUCAUGCUAGUCCGCCCCCCAGCCCAGUUCAACCAAUAGGAUUAAAGCAUGGCACGGCAGAAGGUUUCAAUGAGAAUCAAAACAAAGAAGACAUCGUGGUUCUCACUGUUUGUCAAAAGUGGUGCGCUGGAUUUAGAAAAAACAUAGAUUUGCUUGAAGAGGAAUGUGAAGAAAGAAGAACUUGGUGUUCCAUUUCAGAUUCCUGUUAAAGACGAUGCUACAACAUAAAUCAAUGCAAGCUCAAGAGUGACAUUUGAUUGAUUACUGGGCACCACAUCAGGUCAAACAUGGGUCGCUACCUCGGCACCAACUUGUGUUUGAGUUCUGUGAACAAGACUUUGAGAUCAUACUGCAAAAGUAGGUACCUAAUGAGCCUCCUUAGAAAGUACCAUUGUCUCGCUAGAACACCGCCCGGCCUGGACCUACACAGAUAUUCACUGCUGACACUUCCGCAUCCAUCAAGAUUCACAAAAAGAACUACUUUAAAAAAUGUGAUCCACAGUGAUACAAGCUCUGCCUCUAACAACUUCCUCAGAGAUUUUAACAAAGAACUUAAUCAUCUCCAGGUUGUGCGUUUUUACUCAUCUUCCAAUAGGAAUACAUUUAAACCUGAAGCUCCAAUUGGGAUCCUAGAAGAGACUCAGAAGAGUUUUCAUUUGAGUUCACUGGGAGGACGUUUUGGUCAAUCAUUUAAAAGAUUGUCCAGACACAUUAACAUUUAUUUCAAGCGAAAGGAUGUUGAACCUUUGGCUGAAAAUGACAGCCUUGUUGCCAUUACUCCAGAACAUCUUGGCAGAUCACAGAGGCGCAGUAUAAGUCAACGGGCGGCCAGAGAGCGAAAUAUAUCGGAGGACAAAGACACAACGCAGCCCAUAAAAAGCACAGACACACAGGAAAGCUCAGGAACAAAUCCUUCCACACAGGACUACUCUGGACUGCAACUAUUUCAUAUCAGCUCUUUGGCAACCAAAUUUGGUGAGAGCUACAGUUACGUUGCUAGUCACAUUAACUCAGCAUUUCCUGCAAAAGCUCAAAUGCAGGACAAUUUGGAAACCAUGUCUUCCACUAGGACAAACAGGAGGCUGAACAAGAGACAAAUGCAAAACCCUUCCAUCAAAGAGUCUAAGGAAGCUGAAAUUCCUCAAGUCCAAUCAGGUACUAAUCAAGCAACAGUGGAACCAACCAGUGUCUCCAGCAGCUGGGAGGAGAGCUACCAACACUAUGCAAGACACAUCAAUACUUAUUUUGGUGCCAAGGUUGCCGGAAAAGAAGACCAUGAUCUGUAUAGGAGAGAACACAUUUCUGUGCAGCAGAAAAGCACUUAUAAAGAACCCUUUUCAACACGGUCUACCUCACAAACUCAAAGUGCUUUGUCACAACUGGUGCCAGACGAACCUGCCAUCGAUGAAACUGGAGGCCUUUUCCACAGCAGCAUUAAUACCACCAACUUUGGGGAGAACUACUCCCAAACAGGCGGUUAUAUCAAUCAGUUUUUCUUUGGUCAAAGUAGAAUGGGUGAGGAUGAGGACAUUGAAAGUAAUCUCAUAACGCCAUUGGAUCCUGGCUCUGCUACAUCUGAAAGACCAAAGACUGCAUCCUUUUUAAACUACCUUCGACAUCCCACAAGUGCCAUCCCUGACUUUCUGGGUUCUUUGACACAGACUCGUAAACCCAGACCUGCUAUGACUUCACCGCAGCCAAUGAUGAAUCAAAAGUUUGUCCUGAGUCGGAGGCAGGCAGAGGAAAUGGCACGAAGGUUUAUUGGCACUCUGACCCAGACUUCAUCCCCAGAAGAUCUUACUGCCUGCUUGGCCGCACUCAAUGAACACCUCAUCUGUUACCCAUCAUGCAAAGCUGUAAUGUGGCAGGAGAACAUUGCAGUCACAUUGUUGAGGAAAAGACGGACCUUCAGAGAUAAUGAAGAGCUCCAGAGCGCCUUGAGAGAAAGCAUGGCGCUAAUCGGCUUCAUGGAUCCAGUCAAAGGUCGUGGCAUCAGAGUGCUCUCAAUUGAUGGUGGUGGCACAAGAGGUGUGGUGCCUUUGCAGGUAUUAAAGAUACUGGAGGCUGAGACAGGCAGGAAGAUCCACGAACUGUUUGACUACAUCUGUGGAGUGAGCACAGGUGCUGUUCUGGCCUUCAUGCUGGGUCUGGCUCAUUUCUCUCUGGAGGAGUGUUCUGAAAUGUAUCAACGUUUUGGCUCUGAAGUGUUUCGGCAGAACCCGCUUGUUGGCACCGUGAAGAUGGGAUGGAGUCACUCUUAUUACAACACUGAGACCUGGGAGAAAAUACUACGAGAAAAGAUGGGAACUAGAAUACUUAUCGAAACGGCCAGAGAUGAGUUGAGUCCCAAGGUUUCAGCAGUCAGUGCAGUGGUAAACUGGGGUACAAGUCCGAAGGCCUUCAUCUUCCGCAACUACAAUCACAAACCAGGCUCUCUCAGCCGCUAUGCAGGAGGCUCAGCCUGCCAGAUGUGGGAGGCAGUGAGAGCUUCAUCAGCUGCCCCAGGAUACUUCCAGGAGUUUCCUUUACAAAGUGACAUUCACCAGGAUGGAGGAAUAAUCCUGAACAACCCCUGUGCCUUGGCUAUCCACGAGAGCCGUCUAUUGUGGCCCAACCAGCCCUUCCAAUGUGUGCUGUCCCUUGGCACCGGCCGCUUUGAUAAUGUCAAGAGAGGACCGGCCACCUCCACCAGCCUGAGGGCCAAAAUCAGCAACCUGAUCAGCAGUGCUACUGACACCGAGGGGGUCCACACCCUAUUGGACGAUCUGCUAGCUCCAGACGUGUACUUCCGCUUCAACCCCAUGUUGAGUGCUAUGGUGUCCCUGGAUGAGAGCCGACCUCAAGCCUUGGACCAGCUGCAGAGAGACACCCACAACUACCUGGAGAGAAACCGGCCCAAACUGGCGCGGCUCUGUUUGGUGCUCGGGGCGGAGCGUUCAGCUGCUAGCAAAACUAAGGACUGGAUGAAUGAGAGGGCCUGGGAGAUGAAGCAGAGAUGGGUGUGAGUAGGUACAGUAUAGGGUAUGUCUACAAAGAUGCGUAACCUGUGCACAGAUGGACAUACAAACAAACAACCACCCUGAUGUACUGAUUGAAUUUGUUCAAGACCUCAAAUGUGUUGCCUCAACUCAAAGGUCGUUUUAGCCACGUUAGCACCAGGGAAAUGUCAGUAUGCAACUUUGUUCACCACUUUUGGCCAGACUGAUAUUUCAACUACUUUUAGUUAAAUGGCUGCUCAAUAUUGUGCAAAUAUUCAUGGUUUGUAGAAAAUUGAGCCUAUUGAAUUUAGUGAGCCUUUUUUUCUCUUCUUUUAACACAACCAUUAGGUGAUUUUGAGUGAAAUGCACAGAAAAUGUGUGCAGACUUAGUGGCAACGUCCGGGUCCGGAAGGUGAAGACAUUGCAUUGCCUUACACCUGCAUUCUUUAUAAUGACCAGCAGGGGGCGACUAGUUAAAAACAGUCUGGUUGAGAAAUGACUUCACACUUGAUAUAUUACCUCAGUAAUGAGUUUCCAAAUCUAUACAUUUCAUAAGUGUACAUGAAACUGUUGUCAUAUCUUUAUGCCUCAACUCUAUUUUCUAUCUAUCAGCACUGCAAAAAAGGGUUUUCCUACACACUCCUUUUUGUCUUAGGCAUUUUUCUGUAAAACGUAUAACAAAGCCAGCUAUUUAGACAAAUUAUAUUAAGUUAAUAUCUACUGAUCAGUAGUACAACUUAGCUUUGAAGUUGACUGAACAAACAUAUUUUGUAAAAGGAAUGUUUCAAGUUUAUAAGACAACCUCCAAAGGAACAGGGAAGCCUCGUCACAUUUGCCAACGUUUUUGUAUCACAAUAUGUCUUCACUGUCUUGUCUAUUUCCUAAUAUUCAUUUACUGAAGACAAAUCAAUGUGAACAAUUGAGAACAUAUCUCACUUAAAUAUGUAUAAUGUUUUUGACGACUUGUUGAGAUAGAAACACAGAACAAAUAUGCACAAUUAAAAAAAAAUAUAUAUAUCUGUAUGCACUUUUUAACAAAGGUCUGUUUAACAUGCACAUGUGAAAUAAUUCAAUAUCCCAUUAUUAAUGGUGCCCUUAUUAGUGCUGUGGAAUGUAAUAUUAGCUAUAAACUAUACAUGUUCAUGUAACAUUACAGCUUAUGUUUGAUGUGAUUGUGCUUUUGGCAUAUGAGUAUUUAUUUAAAAUAAAUUAAUAUUUAUGAUGACCCUUUUCAUUGUUAUUACAAAUGUUUUCCUUUACUAAAUGCUUGAAACCAUCACCACGUUUUGAAUACUCAACCCACCGUCACCGUGGUCUUGGCUAAUAAUGUACGAUUUUAUCAAUGAGGGAGAAGCCAUCCAAUCAUUUGAAUGUGACGGGUUAAAGCUACUCCAUGUGUGUGGAAGCUGUGCCCUCCAAUGGACAAUGGACGGACUUUGUUCCAGACAGAAACGCUUUGUGUGAGAGCGUGUGCGUUCGUGCCAGCCAGAGUGGAGAUACAAGGUCAGUAACCUACCCCCUAACACGCUCUGCAAAUCAACAGCACAAAUGAAAAAAAGCACAACAAAAAAAAGAGAGAAGAAAUUCUCUCUUAGCAAGCUGCAGUCGAUCUAAACCUGAUCCACCAACUAGUGCAUGACAUUUCACCAGUUUCAUUUUUUUCCCCAUCAUUGUGGAGAUGACGUUAUAUUUCUGUGUGGAUUUCACAAUGGUUUUAUUGUUAUAGGCUCAGGCCCUGGGACCCAAGCUUGGGCCACGUGAGUCUCUGUUAUCGCGCCUGUCACCUGCUUUAAACUGAUGGUGGGACACAAACAACAGAGCGGCUGGAACAGGUGAUGAUGAUGUGAAUCUGUGACAAGAUGAGAAGAGAGUAGGAGUCUGCUUUCACUGCAACAAGUGGAAAAAAGGAUCAAGGAGCAGAGAAAACACUUAAACUUCACUCAAAGGUAGGACCCCAAACAAUUACUACAUUCUGCAUGUUAAUUACAAUUGUUUUAGGAUAUAAAGCAAUAAGUAUUGAAGUGGA